CAGAUCAGGUCCUGGUCGGGCAGUCUCUGCUGUUGUGUGGAGAUCUCUGCUCCUCAGUGUAAGUUGUCUCUUCUUCUCCUGAAUGACCCCCCAAGGAUGGACAAGGACAGGAAUGAGAUGACUAAGAGAAUAUUACACUUCACCUUGGAGAUCCUCCACCUGCUGACCGGAGAGGAUUACACCAUAAUGAAGAAGACAUGGGGGGAGUGUGUGGCCCCCAGCAGCCAUUGCCAUGAAUCGGGAGGAAGGAGCAGGGCCCGGGGCCCCAUCACAGAGCCUCGACCUCACUCACUGAUACAUGAGGAGAAGAUCCUAGAACUCACCCACAGGAUCACUGAGCUGCUGACUGGAGAGGUUCCUAUAAGGUGUCAGGAUGUGGCGGUCUAUUUCUCCAUGGAGGAGUGGGAGUAUGUAGAAGGACACAAGGAUCUGUACCAGGACAUAGUCAUGAUGGAGGAUCACCGGCCCCUCACAUCACAAGAUGGAGUCAUUGAUAGAAAUCCACCCGAGAGGUGUCCCCUUCCUCUGUAUUCCCAGGACUGUCCAGAGGGAAAUGUCCCAGAGAAGCAUCAGGGGGGAGAUCUGACCAUUAUAAAAGUGGAGGAUGAAGAAGAGAGGAUCGGUGGCAAUUACCUAUGUUUGAGGGAGGUGAAGGAGGAAAUUCCAGGAGAUGAUACCCAUGGAAAUCCCAGUAAAAAUUCUGAGGGGAACAUCAUAUUAUCCCUGAAUUAUAAAGGAGACUAUGAAGAAAUCAUGGAGCGCUCGUCAGGAGAAGAUGGAGAGAUCAUGGAGCGCUCGUCAGGAGAAGAUGGAGAGAUCAUGGAGCGCUCCUCAGGAGAAGAUGGAGAGAUCAUGGAGCGCUCCUCAGGAGAAGAUGGAGAGAUCAUGGAGCGCUCCUCAGCAGAAGACCUCCUUACCCCUAAUGUCCAUCCAGAUCUAUCAUAUAAUAAUCCCCCUGAUCAUGGGGAAUCUUCUCCUGACCAACCACACAUUGUAACUGAUCUAAAAGGAGGGGAAAGGUUUCAAUGUGAUGAAUGUGGGAAAUGGUUUACAAAAAGCUCAAGUCUUUAUGCGCACAAAAAAAUUCACACAGGAGAAAAACCAUAUUCUUGUUCAGUGUGUGGGAAAUGUUUUAUAAGUAAAUCAAAUCUUGUUCCCCAUGAGAGAAUUCACACAGGAGAGAAGCCAUAUUCGUGUUCAGAAUGCGACAAAUGCUUUACAAAUAAAGCACAGCUUGUUAAACAUGAGCGAAGUCACACAGGAGAGAAGCCGUAUGCAUGCCCAGAAUGUGGGAAAUGUUUUGCAAAUAAAUCAAAUCUCGUUACACAUGAGAGGAGUCACACAGGAGAGAAGCCUUAUUCGUGUUCAGAAUGUGGAAAAGGUUUUGCAAAUAAAUCAAAUCUUGUUAUUCAUGGGAGAAUUCACACAGGAGAGAAGCCGUAUUCCUGUUCAGAAUGUGGUAAAUGUUUUACAAGUAAUUCACAGCUUGUAAUACAUAAAAGGAGUCACACGGGAGAGAAGCUAUAUCCAUGUUCAGAAUGUGGAAAAUGUUUUACAAUAAAAUCACAUCUUGUUACACACGAGAGAACUCACACAGGAAAGAAGCCGUUUUCAUGUUCAGAAUGUGGGAAAUGCUUUACAAAGAAAUCAUAUCUUGUUACCCAUGAGAGAAUUCACACAGGCGAGAAGCCAUAUUCAUGUUCGGAAUGUGGAAAAUGUUUUAUUAAAAAAACGCUACUUGUCACACAUGGAAGAUGUCACACAGGAGAGAAGCCGUAUGCUUGUUCAGAAUGUGGGAAAUGUUUUACAACAAAAUCUCGUCUUGGUAAACAUGAGAAAAUUCACACAGGUGAGAAAAUAUAUUCAUGUUCAGAAUGUGGAAAAUGUUUUGCCGAUAAAUCAAGUCUUGUUGUUCAUACGCGAUGUCACACCGGGGAGAAGCCGUAUUCAUGUUCUGACUGUGGGAAAUGCUUCACACAAAAAUCCCAACUUGUUACACAUGAGAGAAAUCACACAGGAGAGAAGCCGUAUGCAUGUUCAGAAUGUGGGAAAUGUUUCAUUACCAAAGGCAAACUUAUCGAUCAUCAGACAAUUCAUACAGAGAAGAAGCCAUUUUGAUGUUCAAUUUACGUGUAUUAACUGGUCGCAGAGCAUGUGAUAAAUAUAGUGCUAGUACAGUUGUUUUUUCUUACACUUCAGUGCACCACUUUGUAUGGUUCUUCCCAAGUGACUUUUCAACCCGUUGCGCCACAAUGUCUGACAAUGCUGUCCACUGCCAGUUUCAUAAGCAAGGCCAGGGCUGGCGUAGUCGCACACGAUGAAUUCAUGACCUUGGCAAAGUCUCCUAAAUGUGCGACAAAUUUUCGUAAAAACGGUAAAAUCAACUAUCAAUUCCACCUAUUAACUCGUGAGAGAAUUCACAGAGGAGAAGCGGAAUCUUUACGAUGAACUUGUUUUUAUUAUAACAUUUUGUGUUUUUCUCGCGCCGUAUAGAACGACAGGCGAAGAGAAUUUAAUAAAAAUGAGAAUUCAAUG